GCGAAUGUUUUCCUCGUCAUCAAGUUCGAGAGACCGGUAGUGCUGACAGCCAAACUGGCAUCAAAUGGUAGACUUUCUUCUGUUUACGGUCAGGCUUUUGAAGAAGUGCAAUUUGCAAUGCAAUUCCGGAGUGUUUAGCAGAUAAAGAGGAGCCAGAGAUCCAGUUCCUUAUGGCUCUGUAUGAUGAGAACCUCCAGAACAACCCUUUUUAUUUGGCGCUGGAGAAGCAGCGACCCGACCUGUGCAGCAGAGUGGCAGAGCUCCAUGGCAUCGUUUUGGUGCCGUGCCGUGGAAGUCUAACCCUUGGGGCGUACACAGCAGCCCAGUUUGAAACCUACGUUUUACAGCCCUCUGGAGAGGGAUAUCAGACUGUAGAUGGGAAGGAGCUGACCAUCCAGGACAGCCAGGUCAGACUCGGCGCAGGGUUCCAGGCCCCAGCCAACGUGCCCAUCCUGUUUGAGGAGACCUUUUACAAUGAGAAGGAGCAGAGCUACAGCAUCCUCUGUAUCGCCAGGCCCAUCGACACAGACCAAAGCCCAGUGGAGGUGACCCCCAGCCCAGGCCUGUACUGUCUGAAGAAUGUGGAGGAUGUCAGAGAGUUUCUGGGCCGCCAUGCGGAGAAACUGGACAAGUUCAUAAGCAGCUUCUGCAGUUCCUUUAAAGAGCAGGAAAGGAAGGGACUGCGACACCACAUUGACUCAGUGAAUGCCCUUUAUACUAAAUGUCUUCAGUGCCUGUUGAGAGACUCGAGCCUGAAAGUUCUGGCCAAACAGGAUCUCCAGAUGACUCUCCUUAAACAAGCGGUGGAAAUGUAUAUACAUCAUGGUAUCCAUGAUUUAAUCUUUAACUUUGUGGGAACUCUUGAAGCCAGCCAGGAUUCUGCCUUCAACAAAACCACCAGAGGUCUGCAGGACCUGCAGCAGAAAGACUUGAGGGUCAAAUCUGAAUUUAGUAUAAAUAUACCCCGGGCCAAGAGAGAGCUGAGCCAGUUGAACCACUGCACCUCUCCUCUACACAAGCUGCUCUGCCUCAGAAAGGUGGGACUCACCAUCAUGCAGUCCCCCAGCAGCUCAGUGAGCAUAGAGGCCGUAUGUGCAGACGAUCUUCUCUCUGUCAUUCUGUACUUACUGGUGAAGACGGAGAUCCCCAAUUGGAUGGCCAACCUGAGCUACAUCAAGAACUUCAAUUUCUGUAACUCCACCAAGGACGAGUUGAGCUACUGGCUGACGUCGUUCGAGGCCGCCGUCGAGUUCGUCAGCCAGGGCAACCUCAACCUGAGCCAGGAACGAAAGGGCUCAGGGGAACUGAACGACAAGGUGCGUUUCACACAGAAAAUGAACCUGCUCUGUCAGAACGAUGCUACCCCCAUCAACUGUCUGUUUGAGCACAUAGCCAACGGUAACGAAGCGGAGGUCAAGCGUGUGUUGAGUGAAAACGAAAGUGAUGAGGACGGGGUGAAGAUGUGUCACCCCCUUUGCUCCUGUGAUCACUGUGAGCUCCGGGUCUCUGGAAGACUGAAUGACCCGUCCAUUGUAACGCCCUUCUCUCGAGACGAUCGAGGAUACACGCCACUUCAUGUCGCUGCUGUCUGUGGUCAGUCCCUGUUGAUUGACCUGUUGGUGUCUAAGGGAGCUCUGGUGAACGCCACAGACUACCACGCCCUCUCACCCCUGCACCUCUCCUGUCAGAAGGGCUACCAGGGAGUCACGCUGCUGCUCUUGCACUAUAAGGCGAACACAGAUGCCCAGGACAACAAUGGAAACACUCCUCUGCACCUGGCCUGUAUGUAUGGACAUGAAGAUUGUGUUAAGGCUCUGGUUUACUACGACCUGCCCACGUGCCGUCUGAACAUCCAGAACGACAAGGGGGACACCCCCCUGCACAUCGCGGCCCGCUGGGGCUACGAGGGCAUCAUCGAGGUUCUACUGGAGAACGGAGCCAGCACCGCCGUCUACAACAAGGCCAAGGACUCUCCACUACAGUGUGCUUUGAAUUCUAAGAUUUUGACGCUGUUGGAGUUGACACACAACAGUUCUCACAGAAGAGAUAGCAAUGAUUCCCCUAACCGCUCUCCCGAGGCCUCUGACUGCAGCAGCCGCCGUUCCUCUGUCUCCAGCAACACCUCCCAGAGCUCUGAGGCCAGGCCUGACUGCGACAGGGUCCUCCACAAAGAAGUGGAGAAGUUGCUGCGUGCGGCAGCCGAUGGAGACAUAGAGAUGGUGCGGUACCUGUUGGAGUGGUUGGACGAGGAGCCAGAGGAGGAGGAAGCAGGGCUGCCCUCCUGGACUAAGUUGUGCCACCCACUGUGCCAGUGUUCACACUGUGGGUCAUCACAGAAGAAGUUUGUGUGCCUGCAGGCCAGUGGUCUGGGUGUGAACAGCAGUAGUGUGGAUGGCUUCACUCCCCUCCACGUGGCGGCGCUCCAUGGUCACACGGCGCUGGUGUCCCUGCUCAGCCGCAACGGAGCCAACGUCAACGCACGCAACAGCCAGAGUGCCACGCCACUGCACCUGGCCAGCCAGAACAGCCACAUACAGGUAGUGACAUCACUGCUGGAGUGCAACGCCAAGCUGAAUAAGAAGGAUCGCUAUGGCAACACCCCUCUGAUUCACACCUGCCUCAGAGGUCACCUGGACACAGCAACCAUCCUGCUGCAGAGCAACGCCUCGGUGAACCUGUCCAACAACCAGGGCAACACGGCCCUGCACGAGGCUGUGAAAGGGGGUCACCUGGCCCUGGUGGAGCUGUUACUGCAGGCUGGAGCCUUGGUCCACAUGACGAACAAGAGACAGAGGACAGCACUGGACUGUGCCGUGGAGACCAGGGGAAAAAACACUGAAAUCCUGAGGACUCUUCAGAAGGCAUCUGGACUCUCCCACAAUGCUGAACCAAUCAAACUGCUCUCUGUGCCCAAGGGGGCUCUGGGUAAGAGAGUCAGUAUAGACACCAGCCACUGUUUUUCCUUGACCACCUACCUGCUAGAGCGUGAAGCACACUCAUUUGUCCAGCGGCUAAAGCAUCAGCAUGAUAAUGUCAGUGGAAGACGUCAGAAGCUGGCCCAGUCAAUAAACCGGGUUCAGCAAAUGAAGAAAGGUCUUCCCAGAGACACCAGUGUGCCUUCCAUCCACUCCCCCACUCCUGAGAGGAGGAAACUGAGGCGAGGGGAGACCCUGGAGAGCAGUGGGCCAUUCAGCAUCUGCUCCAGCCCAGAGGGAAGCCCCAAGCCUGGUGACCAAAGGGACAGAGAGAGGGCCCUGAGCCGCAGUCACACCGUGGACACAGUGCACCCCCAGUCUCCUCAGUGGGGCCGGGACCGGAGACACACAGGAGAGGCCGAGGCAAACGAGGACACACGCGUAGCUAAAGACCCUUCAGACACUCCAGGUGAACCCUUGCAUACAUACACACCUGACAUACACACACCCGACAUGUCAAAUACACGCACACCUGACAUCCCAUCAAAUACACAACAAACACCCAGCAGCGACCUGUCACACACUCGCGAGGAUCCAUCACACACACCUAGCCAAGUCAAUGGAGAGGAAAAGAAGGUCCACACCUCACCAGACAUCGAAGUAAAGUCUAAGAGGAACUGUCCUGAGACUGAGAGCCCACCCAAAGACAUGGAGGACCUGGUAGAAGAACUGGUAGAAGAAAUAGAGGUACUCUGAGGUGCCGAGGCAGACCCCAGUCAGGGAAGAACUUGCACAGUGUGGGUUAACCAGAGAAGAGUGGGGCCUACUUUUAGUUAGUUGACCUGACUGUUAUUGAAAGCACUUUUUCUCCUUGCCUUCACGAAAAAGGGAUGCAAAACAUGUUCAUUCAACUUCAUGCGAAUGUAAUUCUGUUUUAGUUUAUUUUAGUUUUGUUGCUCACCCUUAUAAAAGAGAUGGUCGAUAGAACAUUCUGACAGUGGAUAGUGACAUGGCAUAUCAGUAUGUUUUUUAUUGUUUUGUCUACUUGACGAAAAUGCUAAUCUGAAUGUCUAUGCUCUUGUUACAUCUGGCUGUUUUUUUUAUUUGAACAUGUAAAAUCAGGGCUCUGUUAUUUUCAACAAUUUAGUUUGAUUUACUGGGUUAGAAAACCAUACAUUUGCAUUUCUGACCUAUCUAUAACAGAAAAUGUACCUCCCUGGUGUGUGGCAUUUCAAUGACUAUGCAUAGUGAGGCCACACUUGUAUCCCAGUGAAUGUCGAACACUUAAAAUAGUUAGAACACUUAGAAUGGAGAGAGAAUCAUAACAGUGUAUACGCACAAAUCUAUAUACAGUAGCUCGAGCCAGUGACUCCACAAAUGGAUAGUACUGUCGUUAAAAAUACUGCUUUUGAGAAUAUAAUAACACAAUUGCCAUAUUUAAUUUGUUUAUCCAUCACCUUUACUCUAUUCUGCUAUUUAUCCUGUAGAAAACAAUAUAAUGAAGAAAAAAAAAUGAAAAAAAAUAGUGUUUUUAUUUAGCAUUCAACUGAUAAUUAUAUUUCACCUCUGUCAGUUGAUCCUAAUCCUGCAAAGCAAGGCCAUAUAGGACCCAACCAAUUCUAUGGGGAGUUUGCACUUUACAAGUACCAUUUUUUGGGGGGGGGGAUGUUUUAUCAGCAACACUCUGAAAUCUCAGUAGUUUUGAACUGACAUUUAUUGAACUCAUCAUUAUCCAGCACAUACAGAACAUUGAACACAGAUGACUAGCAUCAGCGUACAGAUGUAUUUUUAUUUCAAAGUUACUGUUUUGGUUUAUACAGUAGUAGUUGUCCACUCCGAUCUCAAUGUUGAUUAUUUUCAUACUAAAGUAUUUUAUUACAUUUUUUAAUGUUAGAUGCAGUGAACGUGCCUUAUUUAAUUUGUCAAAAUAACCUGUAAUAAAAUCAUGAUCAAGACUCA